AUGGUUAACGAUCCUGUAUCUGAUUCACAUGAUCCUUUACUUGAAAGUCUAGAAGAGGAAAUUAAUCAGCCGUCUCGAUGUAAACGAAAUCAAAUUAUUAUUAUUGGAUUAUGUUCAAUAGUACUUUUAUCAUUGUUCACUUUAACUUUGGUAUUUGUAGCAACACGAAUUCAACACACAUCAUCAGUUACUAUCAAUACAACUAUGACAAAACCAACAACAACAAAACAGCAAGUAUCAGGAAUUUGCGUUGGAGUCAGUUGGAAUCCAAUUGGAGACAUAUUGCUUAAAUCCGAUUAUGUAUCAAGUUUUGCUGUCGAUAAUGAUUUUAAUAUAUAUAUUAGCAAUUCACAUUUGAAUACUUUGCAAAAAUGGCCUCCAGGUGCUAGUGAACCGAUCAAUUUGUUCAAUGGUCACUUUCCAGCUACUCCUUUAUUUUAUCAUUCAUUAACCGAUUCACUUUACUUUUUUUAUAUCUUUAACGAUACUCAAGGUGUAUAUAAACUCGUCAAUGGAAGUUCAACACCAAUAACUGUAUUUAGGUCUAACGGAAAAGGUUGGAAUUUAGAUCAACUUGAUACCAAUUGUAUAGGAUUAUAUGUAAACUCCGUAGGUGAUGUAUUUGUAUUAGAUGGAGGUCGUCAUCGUAUUGUCAAAUGGAAAGCUGAUAGUUCAUCACAAAUACUUAUUGGUGGUCGACAAAAAGAGGAGUAUAUUUCCGACCCGUUUCCGUUUCCGCAAGGAUUCAAUGUAGAUGAAAUGAACGAUUUCGCAUACGUUAUAACGGGUGCUUCUGGUCAUCCCACAAAAAGAUUUUCAAGCGGAUCUCUAUACGGAGUAACUGUUUUAGGUGGUGGUCCAAGUAAAGUUCUUUCUGAUGCACCUGGAGAUUAUAUUGAGCCUCAAGCCAUACUUGUGGAUAAAAUGGGUAAUAUUUUGAUUGCUGAAAACGCUAAAGUUACUCGAUGGACACUGGAUGCUAAAUACAUUGGCAUUGCUGUUGGAGGAAUUUUAGGUGGUGGUGCAACAAGUAUCUCCUUCCCAGAUCGAUUAGCAUUUGAUCGAUUAGAAAACUUGUAUGUCUAUGAUCAUAAUGACAAAAAAUUGGUUAGAUUCAACGUCACUUCUACUUCAUGCACAAAUAAUGUUCUUUGA